GCCAUUUCUGUAGGUAAGGAAUCGGGGUGAAUAAAGUUAUGGCGGUGACGUUGGCGGGCUCAUCCCAGUUUCUAGCCACAGAGACGGCGAGCGAGCGCGCGAGAGAGAGAGAGAGAGAGUCGCAAAAUGCUCGCCCACAACUUGGUCGUCCCGUCGUCGUCCUCGUCCUCUCCUUGCACAUUCACGUUCGAUCGCCACCGUCGUCACCCUCCGAAUCACCCUCUCUUUCCCGACGCCUCCCCUUCUGGACUCGCCAGAGUUUUUUGAAGGACAGUGCGACACAAAUUGUUGAUCCACCAACCGUUCCUGAAGAGGAUGAAGAGAUCUUACCUCAGGAGUUUUUACUAUUUGAGAAGACUCUAACAGAUGGCUCACUUGAACAAAUAAUAUUCUCAUCUGGUGGUGAUGUUGAUGUGUAUGAUCUUCAAGCACUAUGUGAUAAGGUGGGAUGGCCUCGGAGGCCGUUGUCCAAACUGGCUGCGGCUUUGAAAAAUAGCUACAUUGUGGCCACAUUGCAUUCUGUUAGGAAUUCCCCUGGAUCAGAUGAGAGUGCCCAAACCAAGCUUAUUGGGAUGGCACGCGCUACAUCUGAUCACGCCUUUAAUGCCACCAUUUGGGAUGUCCUUGUUGAUCCUUCCUAUCAGGGUCAAGGCCUUGGGAAGACUCUUGUGGAAAAUCUUAUCAGGACUCUCCUGCAACGGGACAUAGGCAAUAUAUCUCUCUUUGCAGAUAGUAAAGUUGUAGAGUUUUACCGGAAUUUAGGUUUCGAAGCUGACCCAGAGGGAAUCAAAGGUAUGUUUUGGUACCCGAAGUAUUAGCCAGCCGCCGCUUCUUUACCGCAAGCAAGAUUUAUGCAGCGCCAUGGGAGGAGCCGUCGACAUUGAUGAUGGAAGGCCGUACGUGAAGAUGAAGCCGUGGUGUAUUUUUUUAACCCGAGAAAUGUACAUUGUAAAGGUCGAUCGAUGUAAGGCUGAGUACGAAAAAUGAUUCUUCACUGGGUCUUCUUGUCCCUAAACUUGUAGCCGGUAAGCUCGAUCCAGAUUUUUCCAAAGAUUCAUCUGGGUGAUAGCGGUUUUAUUCUUUCUUCAGAGUAGCAAUUUUGUUUAGUCGGGAGGGGGUGGUUUCGAGAUUCUUGCGGGCAAAAGGUCA